AUGACAAGAGGGUUUAGGUUCAUCUUUGCUGCAUCACUUUUGCUUAUGCUUCUGGAUUGUUGCUAUGGGAGUUUUAUUGGGAUCUGCUAUGGAAGAAAUGCUGAUGACCUCCCUACACCUGAUAAGGUGGCACAGUUAGUCCAACUUCACAAAAUCAAAUAUGUGAGGAUCUAUGAUUCUAACAUACAGGUUCUGAAGGCUUUUGCAAACACUGGAGUUGAACUUAUGAUUGGGAUUCCAAAUUUAGAUUUGCUGCCAUUGUCCCAGUUCCAAUCAAAUGCAGACACUUGGUUGAGAAAUAACAUCCUUCCUUACUAUCCAGCCACUAAGAUCACAUACAUAACUGUUGGUGCAGAAGUCACAGAAAGUCACAACAAUGCUUCUGCUUUAGUAGUGCCUGCUAUGAACAAUGUCCUUACAGCACUCAAGAAAGCUGGACUUCAUAAAAAGAUAAAAAUUUCUAGUACUCAUUCCCUUGGGGUUCUGUCUAAAUCAUUCCCACCUUCUGCUGGUGCUUUCAGUAGCAGCCAUGCACAUUUCCUUAAGCCAUUGCUAGAAUUUCUUGCAGAGAAUCAAUCACCUUUUAUGAUUGAUAUAUAUCCUUAUUAUGCUUACCGAGACUCCGCAAACAAAGUGUCCUUGGACUAUGCCUUGUUUGAGUUAUCCUCUGAAGUUAUUGAUCCAAACACUGGUUUGCUGUAUACAAACAUGUUUGAUGCCCAGGUUGAUGCUAUUUAUUUUGCACUGAUGGCACUGAAUUUCAGAACAAUUAAGGUCAUGGUCACCGAGACAGGUUGGCCUUCCAAAGGGUCGCCAAAAGAGACAGCUGCUACUCCUGAUAAUGCACAAACAUACAACACUAAUCUGAUAAGGCAUAUUAUCAAUGACACUGGUACACCUGCAAGGCCUGAAGAAGAGUUAGAUGUAUACAUUUUUUCGUUGUUCAAUGAAAAUAGGAAGCCUGGUUUGGAAUCUGAGAGAAACUGGGGAUUGUUUUAUUCAGACCAGACUAGUGUGUAUAACCUAGAUUACACUGGAAGAGGUUCUGUUGAUAUGACUACAGAGGCAAAUGGAACAACAUGGUGCAUUGCUUCAAGUAAGGCCUCACAAAUUGAUUUGCAGAAUGCAAUAGAUUGGGCUUGUGGUUCUUCUGGCAAUGUGGAUUGUACUGCUAUCCAGCCUAGCCAACCUUGUUUUGAACCAGAUAACUUGGUCUCACAUGCAUCUUAUGCUUUUAAUAGCUAUUACCAGCAAAAUGGGGCUUCUGAUGUUGCUUGUAGUUUUGGAGGGACAGGUGUAAUAGUUGAUAAGGAUCCGACCUAUGAGAACUGCAUCUACAUGAGAACUGGAAAUAACAAAACCGUGGCAAGUGAUACAACAGCAAUAUCUUCAAUUCCAACUUCCUCACCGAAUGAAGUUUCCUCAUUGAUUUCUAGUGCUCUGCUUUUAACCUUUAUCUUCCUUCUAUUUACUAUUGGACUAGCAUGA